UGCUCGCAGUCCGCGGGCGCUGCGGGCGGGGCGGGCACAAGAUGGCGGCGGUGCGGGCCGUGUGUGUGAUGCGCGGCGAGGGGGCUGUGGAGGGCGUCAUCCACUUCGAGCAGCAGGGUUCGGGACCCGUGAAAGUGACUGGGAAAAUCACUGGCCUGGCCGAUGGAGAGCACGGCUUCCACGUCCAUGAGUUCGGGGACAACACCAAUGGGUGCACCAGUGCUGGCCCCCACUUCAACCCGGAGCAGAAGAAGCACGGGGGUCCCAGCGAUGCUGAGAGGCACGUGGGAGACCUGGGCAAUGUGACUGCCAAGGGAGGCGUGGCCGAGGUGUGCAUCCAGGAUUCCGUCAUCUCCCUCUCGGGACCACACUGCAUCAUCGGCCGCACCAUGGUGGUGCACGAGCGGCGGGAUGACCUGGGCAAAGGGGGCAAUGACGAGAGCCUGCUGACCGGGAACGCGGGGCCCCGCCUGGCCUGCGGGGUGAUCGGGAUUGCCAAGUGCUGAAUGCUGCCUGCAGUGCUCCUCCUGCUGCUCCUGCCCCUCCUGCAACUUCACAUGUGUCAUCCAUGUCCUGCUCCUCUGCAUCCCGAGCAGCACUCGCACGCCGGAGACUGACCGACUUUUGUAUGAUGUACAUUCAAUUAAAGUGUCCCUGAUGGAAUGGCUCUGUGGUCUGUGCUCACCUCCUGCCGCCACCGUUCCGUGUCACCUCCCUGCUCUGAGGGAAGAUGUGCAGUGCUCCUGUCCCAGCCCCUGGGUGUGUCAGGCUUCCUCCUGGGGCAGGGGCAGCAUUUGUAGGCUUCAAACUUGUGUAAUAAAUGUUCUGGGCAGAUA